GCACUAUAGCGAAUGAGAAUAAUGAUGACGAUAAUGUUGUACUCAGUGAAAGAGUUAUUCUUAUAAAUUAUAUCAUAUUGACUGACGUCAGUGCAGAAAUUGUUGAGUUUCUUGGACUGGAAUACUUAUAAUACUACGGAGAAGAAGAAGAGGAGUCAUAUUAUCGCAUUUCUUCUGAAGAAACUUUUAACAAGUUUAAUUAACCUAUGGAAAAAUUACAACAGUUAUUGCAACAGCAACAACAAUCAAUGUUUCAGAAACAAUUACCCGGACAACAGAAUUCUAACCAAUCAGCUGAACAACAUUUUGGAGACAAUGAAGAGAACGAAGAAGAUGAAUCACUACAAGAAUUCUUACAACCUCAGUCUCAGCAACAACAAUCAUCUGACCCACUACAAGAACAAAUUCAACACAUGAAAAAGAAGUUACAAGAACAAAUAUCUUUAUCUAAUGCAAAACCGGAACAACAACAAUCAAAGAAACCGGAGUUUUCUCUCCGUCAGCAACCACCACCACCACAAUUACAAGAAUCACCGUCUUUGUCAAAUCGUAGCCAGCGCCAAGCAGCAUCAGAAGUGAAAACUUCUUUACAACAAGUUGAACCAUUCGAUCGAAAUUUCGACAAUCAUGGAGAAAUUAUCCAGAGAAUUUCACAAAUAAAGAGAUGAAGAAAGCAACUAAAUUACUGGAAAAUGAUAUCAGUUCACAGGGUGACGACAAUGACGAAGAUGACGAUAUGACAGAAGAUGAUAUUUACAGAUUACAUGAAGAGUUGGAAAAUGUCCGAUUACAAAAUAAUGAAAUGAAAGCAGCAUUGAAUGAAGCGCGGACUAUCAUUGAUCAACAACAAAAUCAGUUGACUGAAUUUCGAAGAUGUGCUGCACAAUAUCAAACAGAUACUGAAGCAUUUAAAAUGGUAUGUACUGCAGCUGAGAUGAAGAGUAUGUUUUUGUUAAGUAAUACGCAAACACGUGAUGAACAAGUUGCAACAUUAAUUGGUGCAUGUGAACGUUUGGAAGCUGAAAUUGAAGCGCUCACUUGGCAGUUAGAUCAAGCCAAGCAAUCACUAGAUUUGAAAACACAAGAAUGUGAUUUUCUAAAUGAACAGCUUGAUGAAAUUCAACUUACUGGUGGUAGUGGUAGUAAUAAUAACCAUCAUAAUAAUGAUGAUAGUAGUAUUAACAAUAAUAUGAAUAAACAAAAUCAUGUUAAUGGGGAGAAUGGUGACAAGAAAAAAACUGAGACAGAUCAGUUACGAUCAACUUUGAGUACAGAUUAUCGAUCAUUUAUAGGCAAUAGUCAGGUAGCACAAAUGAAUACACUAUCAACAGGUUCAAAUAUGAAUGGUGCCAAUGAUUUAAAUGUCCAAGUAGAAUUACAAAAACUUCAAGAAGAAGUUAUAGUUUAUCAAAAGAAAGAGAAAGAAUGGGAAAAAGUACGCGAAGAAUUACUGAAAAGACAGAAAUCCCUGGAAGAAGAGAAAAAACAACAAGACUUGGUUAUUGGUAGACUGGCAAGUGAACAAGCAACUAAAAUUCAAGAGGAGAGUUUGGAGAAUGGUGAUGAUAAUGAAAUGCCAGCUGAAAUAGUCGCUACAUUGAAUAAUUUACAUGAAGAGAGAACGACAUGGAAGUUAUAUGCUUCAAGUUUAGUGCGUAGUUUUGUUGAAAACUGUGAAGAGUUUAUACGUAAAACACCAUACAAUGAACCAUAUUUUGAAAGUGAUGGUGAACGUCGAUGGUAUACAUACUCAAUGUAUUUACUCGAAAAUCUACUGAAUGUUGCUCCCUAUCUAUUAUCUAGAAGUGAUUUGGAUUUAUUAAAACGUACUUCAAAUCCCAGAUCUACUCAGCGAAUGAAUCGUUAUAAUACUGGAUAUUCUACAGUUGAACGAUCUUAUGAACCACAAUUACUAACCGCCUUAGAUUUCCCGUUAUCUGCAUCACAAACACAAAUAAACAAUUCAAAUGCAGGACAAUUACCAACAUCUGAAUUUGUACAAGUACCUCUGACACAACAAACGCGAUCGCUACAGCAACACUUUGGGCAAGAACCACAACUAUUUAGCCAGGUACCUAACUCAGCAACAACAGUAGCACAAAACUUAACACAGAAGAAUAUGUCCCAGCGCGCAGCUCGAGCUGCUACCAAGCCUAUUGCGGAUUUAUACCGCAAAAAAAGACAAAAAUAAACACACAGAUUUAUAAAGUACUCCGUCUCACUCAGACAUGCAAACACAAAAACAUGAAACUGUACAUAAAUAUUUAUUAGCAAGCAAAAAUUACAAAUUUGUAUAUAACUGAGGUUAUAUAUAACAAGUAGGUGAAUGCCUUCCUAUUUGUUAAUUACUCUUUGCCUUUUUAUAGAGUAGAGUAGCAGGAGGAGGAAGAGGAAGAGUAAAAGUGCCUUUUACCAAACAAACGAUCGACUGAUCUUGUGUACUGAUUUGCUUUUUAUACUUUUCUAAAACAAUGAAUUAUUCUUCAUUCUUUCUAGAAAUAAAGACGCAUAAAUGAGCAUAAAAAAUCUG